AUUGUAUAACGUGAACAUCAACUCAUGAAUUUAGUCGAUCUUCAAAAUUAUGUAGUUUAAAUCAACGGAAUAAAUAACUAAUAUACUGAUAGAAUUAUUAAAUCAUAGUACUCAAAUUAUGAUAUAACAUCGCUCGAUUUGAUAUAAUAUCAACAUGUAGGUGGACAUGAAAAUAAUACUUCCUUUCCUUCAAUAUAAUAUCAAGAUUUAUGAAAUUAUAAUUUAUUUACUUGUAAAAAUUAAAAGCAUAAUAAUUUCUCCUCUACGCGAGGCAUCGUGGCGCGUAAAAAUCCGAGACGACGCGCAUACCGCUGUUCUUGCCGUCUGCUGCGAAUACACUCUUUUGAGUACCCGUCAAACUCAAGAACAGCUUAAAGGGACAAUUGACAUGAGUGAGCUGCCAGUGCAAAAUGUUUCCUCCACUGUGGUGUUGUCGAAGACGCACAAAAGCCAAGGAUCUACUAUCACAACAUCCGGGUCAGAUUCAAAGCCAAAGAAGAAAAUCUGCUGUGCUUGCCCCGACACCAAGAAACUGAGAGAUGAAUGCAUUGUGGAGCAUGGUGAAUCUGCCUGUUCUAAAUGGAUUGAGGCUCAUCUUCAGUGUCUUCGGGCAGAGGGUUUUCAUAUCUGAAAAAGAUCCAUGAUAAACUCGACACAAAUGCAAGACCAUACUUUUUUGUAGAUCACCCUAUUUAUCUAAGGAUUAUAUACACAUUAUUGGAUAUCUGUCUCGUUGAAAAAUUAUGAAGAAAUGAAGAGGACAGCUUCACUUAACUUUUAGAUGACAAUUUCACAUUUCUUUAUUUUGUUUUAUUUAUUUUUAGACUCUGCAGGAGUAACUCUUUUCGUGAACAUGGUGGCUAUGUAAGUAUGCAUCAACAGUAUACAAUAAUAGUAAUCAUGUAUAUUAAGGAUUCCAUCCAGUUUGGUUAUGCUAAAAAUUAAAAGGUUCAGUC